UCAGGGCUGUGGGGCGGGGGGGAUCUCGUCCAACUAAGGGAAAUAAGUGGUUAGUGCAGGAAAAGACAGGACAAGCAUGUGAGUCAGGGGGCACAACGUGGUUCUCUAGUGCAGGAGACAGCUGGGAUUCUAGUGCAGACGAGCAAGGCUUGAUGCUACUGGGGCAGGCGAAUGAGUGGAUUUCUCAUGUGUCAAUCAUGACCAACAAAAAGGAUGACACCUCAUCCCUGAGGGGCCCCAACACCGACCGGACGGCACGAUGGGGAUGUAAAUUGGACUAUAAUUACAAUCUGACAGAUAGAGAGUGGGGCUCCGUCCCCGAUACUUGCAGAGGCCCUAUGCAUUUUUAGCAUAGUAACCUCUCAUCGCAGUUGUCGGGAUUCGAACCCAGGACCUAACCCUUGUGACACUCCCUCGCUACCAGUUGAGCUACGCCCACCGGUGAAACUAAGGUAUGGGUAAACUUUUUAUGAUGACUAGCUCCACCGCUUUCACGGCCCCUUAUCCCAGAAACCCAACUUUGGUUUGGCCCUACGGGUUAGUAUACACCGUUUGGCCCUACCACUUGAACGGUUUUUUGGGGGAGCAUAGUUCCACUGGUGCUAGUGGGACUCGAACACGAGACCUAUCCUAUGCAGGGGUAACCUCACAACCAGUUAGGCUGGAAGUGAUGGUUUCAAUCAUGACCAGCAAAUAGAGAGGAAGUUGCAGGAGACUAGAAGAGAAGGAGAACUUGGGAGGCACAAGCAGGAGAGGAUCUGACAGGUGAGGAGUUGGCACUCACAAUCCAAAUAAUGGGAGGGAGGCAGGUCGGGAUACCAGGCCUGCCAGGGUAUGUGAGGUGUGCUUCUCUGACAUGUUGCAGCUUUGGUGUGCUCUGUGGAGGCUACUAUCAUUUGCUUUUAUUUUAUUUGGUUUGCUUUUCUGAUUCAGACUCGGUCAUUGAGU